AUGACCGCCGCAGUGACAGCGGGCACAAUGGCUGCCUCCUCAUCCAGCUCGAUGCCGGCGGGCCCGGGGUACAAAGACGUGACCUACAACAUCCAGUACCACCCCAUUGACAACCACACCACCGUCUCCCGCUUAAAUGUCGACCGCAUUGUCGCGAAUAAACACCUCCCGCCCGCCGGUGCGCCCAGUUACCCCGGCGUGUACCCGGACAGGCAAGCGUCGGUCGUGCCGAUAGACUACGACCCGAGCUUCAAUGCAAGGUACACAAAGAACGACUACAAAGAUUGAUUUUUUUUCUGGUGCUGCUGUGUGUCUGGUGUCAGUACUCUACUGUCACGACGACGUCAUAAUAGUUGCAUACACGUCGAGCAGCACAACAAAGAACGUGCUCAGUUCUAACUGACGACAUGAAAAGCGAGUGGUCGCACAAUUGUCAACAUUCUUCACGACCCAGGUUUCCCCCGACCGGUUGGUCUAGCCACCCUGAGUGGGCGGGGUCCGUGCCCGAUAAGUGGAUGGACCGCAACACCGGACGCAACAACAGUCGACACAUCGUCCUCACCGCGGCCCGGAACGGGCCCGUGGACAGCUUGGCGCGGAAUGGGUGGAGCUACUCGUGUCUGCCGUACGUCAACGGGGAAAGCAGGAAAAUGAUAGGAUCCUGGGUGCCCGACGGGGUGGAGGGCGAGUGGAAACGGUGUCGGAAGACGGUAUUUGUUAGCAUCGUGCUGAUUCUGUUCCUGUGACUUGUCGUGAGUUGAGUCUGCAGGCCGAUUGAAUACUAAGUUGAUCUUGAUUCAUUUCAUCGCACACUUGGAUUGAUUACAUCCUCUAACGCGUACGCCGCGCAUCCAUGAUCAAACAUUUUAUCAGGUAAAACCUCCGCACAUAAUAAAGAAGGAGCUUCUAGAAGGCGUGAAAUGGACAAAAAAACCGGGUUUCGUCGGGCCGACCGGAUACGGGCCAGACCGGAAACUCGUGAAAAUGGCGCGGACACAGUAAAACGAUUUUUACAGGCAUUGUUUAUGUGUGCGAUUUGGAUUACACCCUGAUCCUGAUGAAAUUGAUUGUCAUAUGAAUUUGGCAUGCAUGGUCAAAGAAAAUGAAUAUGAAAUUGUCAGGUCCGAAACGGUUCUUCCGCUGAGUGAGCGGACGAUGCCGGGUGACAGGUGGAGCAAAACACUGGUGCGAGAUUUGGAAAAUUGGGAAACGCAAAAACUCGGCUCUGCACAUCCGCAUCGGGGAUAA